GAAUUGAUUUGAAGGCUACAACAGGAAGUAGUUUGAAAUGUCUGCUGCUUGCUUGGUAAAGCAGAUUUGAAGGAGCUUUGUAGAAACCGACACGGAAACUUGUUUCACGCCAUGCAUUGUUUAGAGGAAGCGUCAGUGUGACAUAAGCCGCGCUCAUGUGGAGGGAUGGACGGAGAGACAGGCAGAGCACAGCCGCUGAGGAAGCUCUUCAUCACUGCCAGCUCAUCCAGAACCUGGUGGACAUCUCAGUCUCCAGUUUGCGGGCUCUCCGGACCACAUGCGCCGCAUCCAACGACCUCACCCAGCAGGAGAUCCGCACUUUAGAGGUGAAGCUGACCAAGUACAUGUGGACACAGCUACAGUGGAAGCAGAGGGUGGCCGAAGGGGAGAGACCUGAAGCUCUAGCUGGAUACCCGAGACUGGAGGACUGGUUCCUAACAGCUAACCUCACCCCACAAUUCAUACAGGCUGCAGCAGGGAAGCUCUCAGUGGACAGUUUGCUGCAGAUGUCCAGCUCUGAGCUGCAGGACACGAUGAGACGCCUGGGCUCCAACUCAGAGGAUCGUUCUCGCCUCACUGCCGCCCUCUCCUGUCUGAAGAGUGCUACUGAAACAGGAGGUAACCUGAGGCCUGACACAGGCUCCUGCAGCUCUGAGUCCCAAACUGACAGUGAUACCUUUGCCGCCAUCAGUCCCCUCACCCCCUUGCACCCUACCAGCCACGGCCGCUCCAUCUCCAUAUCAGUGGUCCCUUGUUCAGAUGACCACAGACCUUACAUACCAGCUGAGGAAAUGUCGGACGCCUUCUCCCUGGAGCUGAGCACUCCCCCGGCCAUCCGCGCCUCAAAGACAUGCACUGCCAAGCCCUCCCACACCCCCCCACUGGCUUCCCGCAAACUGCUGCAGCUCCUCCCCAACAUUGCACUGACGCGGAGCAAGAGUCAUGAAUCACAGCUCGCCAACCGCAUUGAGGAGCCUGCUACCCAAAAGGUGUCUAAAAAGAACAAAGUAUUGGCUAGUAUUCAGAUCAAUGGCUGUGGGAACGGUCCUGAGGACUCGACCCUGCGGUCACCCCUGCUGUCUGCCCGGACCCCCGGCCCUGUCCCUGCCUCUGCCCCAUACAUGAUGCCUGGCACCCCCACCCUGCUGGACAAUCUGGCUGUACACAGGAGUUCACCUCAGACAAUGAGGAGAGACAUUGGCCUGGCUGUAACCCACAGGUUUUCAACCAAGUCCUGGCUCUCCCAGACGUGCCAAGUGUGUCGCAAGAGCAUGAUGUUUGGUGUCAAGUGUAAACACUGCAAGUUAAAGUGCCACAACAAAUGUACCAAAGAUGCUCCCUCGUGUCGGAUAUCAUUUCUCACAUUGCCAAGGAUGCGCAGGGCAGAAUCAGUGCCAUCAGAUAUCAAUAAUCGUAUUGAUCACACAGCAGAGAUCCCAGUGCAGUUUGGCACUUUACCAAAGGCAAUAACCAAAAGGGAGCCUCCCCCCACUUUAAACCAGCUGGACUCCAGCAGUAACCCGUCAUCAGCCACCUCCUCCACACCUUCCUCCCCAGCACAUUUCCAGCCAAGCAACCCCCCGAGUGUGAGCGCCACCCCACCACCCAACCCAUCACCACAGGGCUCCCGGGACCACCGCUUCCACUUCCCAGAUGUUCCUUCUUCCACAUAUACUGCUGGUCAACAUUCUGGCAGCUACUAUGAGUCUGGAGUGUCACAGGUUGCCGUCACUGAGACGCAGCUAACAGCAGCAGAACAAGGAGGCGACGAGGAGGCAGAGGAAGACUACCCAGCUGUGGAUGAGGAAGCAGCUGACCAGUGCGGCACAGAAAAGAGCUUCUCCAAUGAGGAGUGUGAUGAGGACGGGCUGGAGGACCUGCCCUCCUCCAUCUGCCGUCGUGGAGCUGCUGGCCGCUGGAGGGGCCCCAUCACUCGCAAGGCCAGCCAGACCAGCGUCUACCUGCAGGAGUGGGACAUCCCAUAUGAGCAGCUGCAGCUGGGAGAGCUUAUCGGCAAGGGUCGUUGGGGGAAGGUACACAAGGGUCGCUGGCAUGGCGAGGUGGCCAUUCGCCUUCUGGAGAUUGAUGGCAACAACCAGGAUCACCUGAAGCUCUUCAAGAAGGAGGUGAUGAACUACAGGCAGACCAGGCACGAGAAUGUCAUCCUGUUCAUGGGUGCCUGCAUGGCCCCGCCCCACCUCGCCAUCAUCACAAGUUUCUGUAAAGGUGUGACUUUAUACUCUGUUGUAAGAGAAAGAGGUCACUUGUUAGACAUCAAUAAAACCAGACAGAUUGCACAGGAGAUUGUAAAGGGAAUGGGUUAUCUACAUGCCAAAGGCAUCAUUCACAAGGAUCUGAAGUCUAAGAAUGUUUUCUAUGAUACAAACAAAGUGGUCAUCACAGACUUUGGCCUGUUUGGGAUGUCUGGGGUGGUACAAGAAGGCAGAAGAAAGAAUGUGUUGCGGAUACCUCAAGGCUGGAUCUACUACCUGUCUCCAGAGAUUGUUCGAAAGAUGAGCCCAGAGGUUGAUGAGGACCAGCUGCCUUUCUCUAAAGCUGCUGAUGUUUACGCUUUUGGCACAAUCUGGUAUGAGCUGCAGGUCAGACAUUGGCCAAUCACCAACCAGCCUGUGGAAGCUAAAAUCUGGCUAGUAGGCAGUAAUGAGGGCAUUAAGAAGGUGCUGGCAGACACCAACCUGGGCAAGGAGGUCACGGAGAUCCUGUCUGCUUGCUGGUCAUUCCAGGCAGACACCAGGCCAACCUUCACCCAGCUGGCAGGCAUGCUGGAGAGGCUCCCAAAACUUAACCGAAGACUGUCUCACCCCGGACACUUCUGGAAGGCACCUGAGCCCUGGGAUCAUCAUCACUGCCUGAGAGAUCACUGCCAUCAGGGCCUGCAUGCUCACUGUCCAUACAUGUACAAAUACAGCAGCUGAUAGGCAAAUGUGCUUUUAGGAACUGAAACUUUUUUUUGGAUUUUGGAAUUUGGAUUUGACUCUUUAUCUUAGAUUGAGCUAAUACUGACAAUUCAUAGUAGCUGAAUUGUCAUAUCUCCAUUUAUGAGUUUUAUUCAUAUCUGGAGCAGCAUAUACAGCCUGUUUUCACCUUGGUCUGUAUAUGGAUAUGUUCUCAUGAUAAUGACAUCUGAUCACAGGGUUUUGCAUUUACACCAAGUAUUAAUAAGUGUUCUUGUUAUCUUGAUUCUUCCCGUAUUAUGAACAAAUUUCAAUAUGCAAGUAAGGCAGACAGAGUUUGUGGUCUUGGUGUGUGUCUUAGAUCAAAGGAUGUGAUGUGGAUACUCUUUAGGGACCACUAAGACAUGCAAGGGGAGGGUUGUGUGACAGAGGGAAACAGCAAAGGACUGUUGCCCAUGAUUGGUCAAGCAGAUAACCUAGCAGUAAGUUUCACUUCUGUGUAUUCUGUGUGCACAUCAGCAAGCAUUUUCUUUUGAACUAAAGUCUUUUUAAUAUUAUAAUGACGUACAUUCAAACAUGGCAAUUUUUCAAUAUCAUACAUACAAUCCUUCCCGGUAUUUAAAAUACAAUGAAAAAGCAAGGUAGAACUGUACGAACUUGUGCCCUACAAUUUCUCAAAGACUCAGGGUUGUGAAGUCCCACUGUUGGAAAAACACUAAUAGAAAACAAAGGGUGCUGGUGUGUUGUGGUACAGACACCUUGCUGAUGCGUUGCCCUUGAAAAGGUGAUUGGUGUCAGUGGAGAAGCUUGCUAGCACUUUGCUACCUUGGUUACCCCUGAUGGUCAUGUGACCCUAAUUUUGCAUGUCGUAGCGGCUCUUAGAGUAUCUGCUGUAGCAAUGCAGCGAUGAGUUCUACUUAUUUUCCCUUUGCAGCGGAAGGAUGCGUCUGUGGCUUUUUUACCAGCUGCUUGAGAUGUGUUCUGCAUGUCUGCAUACAUGCAUGUUAAUAACUGGGCUCUUUGCAACAGAGUACUGGUACUUUUGACAUUUGCCUGCCUUCAGAGUGUGGGUCAGCCAACAUUCAACAAAGAAAUGCUUCUUGAAGAACCUCCGAUUUGAAAUAUUUGUUGUUUUUGUAAAAUCCAAAUUCCAAUGUACUUAAUGGGCGUGACCAUAGUUAAGCAAAGUACCUCCAAAGCAGGUUGCAAGCAUAAUAAUGCAGAAUCUAAGGGAAAGAGGAAUCAAAGGGUCUGCACUUUUGUGUUAAUGUACAGAAAUGAGAAAUGUGUAAUACACCGGUGGAUCAUUCAUCUUAGUAACAGAACACAUUCAAGCACUGACUGUAACUCUUCUGAAAAGAAAUGAUAGUAAUACCUCUCACCCUGGUCAGGUGUCAUUUAAAGCCUAGUCAGCAGGUGAGACAAUGACAUUAACAUCAUGAUGGCUGCUACUGAAACAACUUUAUCUUUGUCUCCAGUUUCAGUUUGUACAUAUCAGGUUGGUUAGCAGGUUCCUCUUCGUUCGUUAACUGCUUCCUCCUACUUUCUAACCACUGGCUGUUUGAAGCUUCUCUAUGAAUGUAAAUCUUUAACUGUAUUUCAAUGGACAGAAUGCCUUAUCACUGUUUAGUUCAUUGUCAUAGCUGGAAGGCUGCUGGUUUCAGCUGUUACAAGGCUACGGCUCCUAAUUAUUGGACAAGUGAAAUAACAUUCAUUCCAAGGUUAACAAAGAUAGUGCCAACAUAAAGUUUACAUUUAAAGGGUCUGUUCACCCAAAUUGCAAAGCUCAUCAUAUUUUCUUUUAGCUUUAGUGGUAUCUAUCCAUGCAGAUAUCUUUUAUUUUUCCAGCUUUUGAGAUGUUUGUCUGUGAGGCCUAAGUACAGCCUCACAGAGCUGAUAUCAUAGCUGUAGACUCUUGGUUUGUAAACUGUACUGUUCAAAGCUGUGAGCACCACAAAAGAACAUGCCAUUCACCUCCACUCUAUUGGCAUGGAGGCAGAAAUCUCUAAGAAUAAUAUCUCAAAGCCUGGACAAAUAAAACCAAAACACCAGAGGUAAUAGGUAAAUAUUUAUUAUUUUAAUUUGAAUGAACUGACCCUAUAAAUAGUGUAUCUCCCCAAAAUAUGACUAAACAAUACUUAACUGUAUUUUGAAUGUCAUGGUUUAAGCAAGAUAAUUCACAUCAACCCAUGCAGUUAUGAAAAUGAAUCUGCAUACCAGGCGACCUCCUGUGGACUAAUCACAACAAUGUUGAGACACUUUGCCUCUGUACUGCAAUAAUACUUGACAUGAUGCAACAGGUCAUGUCAUAUGACAUCUUGUUUCAGUUUAAAUCAUCAUCGAUCAAAUGACAAACCACUGAGUGGAUACCUCCCACACUGACAUUUAAAGUGCUAUAAGUGAGCAGUCUGUUUUUUCAGUUUCACUUUCACUCCGGGCAGAGAGAGCAUUGAGCUGGAGGAUGGGUGAAAUAUUGGAAAAAAAAUAAUAAUUGAAAAAUAAUAGUUUCAUUAAAGUAUAAAGAAACGUGAUAUAGCCACAUGUAUGUGUCUUUUCUCUGUGCAUUCUUGCACAGCAACAUGUCAUUGAACAGGAUGUGGCUUACUGUAUGUGUAUGUGUGUGUGUUGUGUUUCCUCAGGCAGGAGUACAAUGUAUGCUCACUGAAUGUGUCUGAAUGUAAUGGGCUUCACCAGCACGGUGGAACCCAAUGAAACAUUAUAGUGACCUAAUGCAUGUAUGUAUAUACAGUGCUGUUGGUUGUAUUUAAUAUACAGUUCAUUUUUAGAGCAUUUUAAUAGGUACUUCUUUAAUGAUAGUUAUAUAGAGAUUUUAGACACUGUAGCCUGUUAUUGGUGGAUUGGUGUUUUGUUUUUCUUUUCUUCGUUUGAGGGUGUGUGUG